CCACAUUGCAGUGGCACAACUAAAGAACACCUCACAAAACAACCGUUGUCGUCACUUCCACAUAUUUUCAACAUGGAUUCAAGCGGUAUGAAACUUAAUUUCUGGGAGAAUGGACCAAAACCUGGUGAAUUCUAUUCAUUUCCAGGCAACAGUUUAAUCCCAGGCUGCGGACCUAUUAAACACACUCUAAACCCCAUGGUGACGGGAACAUCGGUGCUGGGAGUAAAGUUUACAGGUGGCGUCAUCAUCGCCGCUGACAUGCUGGGUUCCUAUGGUUCUCUGGCCCGCUUCCGCAACAUCUCUCGGCUCAUGAAGGUGAACGACAACACCAUCCUGGGUGCCUCCGGCGACUAUGCAGACUACCAAUACAUGAAGCAGAUUAUCGAACAGAUGGUGAUUGAUGAGGAGCUUUUGGGUGAUGGUCACAGCUAUAGCCCCAAAGCCAUCCACUCCUGGUUGACACGGGUAAUGUACAACCGUCGUAGCAAGAUGAACCCAUUGUGGAACACAGUUGUCAUCGGUGGCUUUUACAACGGCGAGAGUUUCCUGGGCUAUGUGGACAAGCUGGGUGUGGCCUAUGAGGCUCCAACGGUGGCAACAGGCUUUGGCGCUUACCUAGCCCAGCCCCUGAUGAGAGAGGUGGUGGAAAACAAGGUUGAGAUCACCAAGGAUGAGGCACGGGCACUUAUUGAACGUUGCCUCAAAGUGCUGUACUAUCGCGACGCUCGCUCCUACAACAGACACGAGAUAGCCAUUGUGACAGAAGAAGGCGUGGAGAUUGUUGGCCCCAUAUCCUCUGAGACAAACUGGGAAAUCGCCCACAUGGUCAGCGGGUUCGAAUGAUCGUGACGUUGGUGAUUCAGCACUGUAGUUAAGCCACAUUAUUGGUUCGUUCAAUGAUUCUAUACUGUUACCGCUCCAAUGAAUCUGCUGUGUACCCAAUUUAGUUAACCACCUUUUGUAAUAUUAAAAAUAAAAGUACAAUUCUG